AGAGUGGACCGAGGGGACAUGUGGAAGAUAGAUCAUCAUGAGUCGACUUCCUCUUCUAGAAUCUCGUUGGUCGACAGUCGCAAGGUUCUUCCUCAGAGGGACCUUUUGCCGUUGAACAAUGCAACCCAGGUCACAUCUACAGCACUUGGCAUCCAUUUACAUACUGGGAUGCGUUGCACAGCAGAUGUCUAUUUCAUGCAAUUAUCCUUACAGACGGAAGAUAUAAACACGUCUGUGCCCACUGGGGCAUAAAGGACCUGAUUCUCCCCUCGCCCAGCACUUCAACCUUGAGUGACACCCAAGAAACUCUCACCAUGAAGUCCUUCGCUUUCGGUCUUCUUGCGCCCGCUCUGGCGUCGGCUUCCUUGAACCUUCCUCGCGCAGAGUCUGGCUUCACUCUCGAGCAAUAUGAAAGUGGUUACGUCCACAAUGUUUUGAUGCAAGCAAAGCUUGACUCGUGGGCACACCGUGAUGAAGCAGAUCCUUUCAACGAGUGGCAGUAUCCCCCAUUGGAAGGUCCCGUCAAGUGUGAGGGUGGUGUCGCCGUCGUUGAGCCUGGCAACUCUAAUCAGACAUUCAAGUGCAACAACAUUGACCUCCUCGAUUACCGAAGUCAUCAAGAUCUUGGUAGCUUUGUGGGCGAUGGCUCCUCUUCCUGGGGAUGGGUUUCUGAUGAUGGUCGCGAAUUUGUCGCCAUUGGACAGGGAGAUGGAACCGCCUUUGCCGAAGUCUCUUCCGAAGGCAAGCUCAUCUACCUAGGGCGUCUUCCUCAACAGUCAUCUUUCUCCUUCUGGCGCGAAAUCCGAACACACAAGAACUAUAUGGUCAUCGGUAGCGAAGCCGUGGAUCACGGUGUUCAGAUCUUUGACAUGACCAAGCUUCUUGAAAUCGACCCAGCCUCGCCUGUCAAUUUCAGCAUCACUGACGACCUAACAAGCUGGUUCAACGAUCUCCCCAUCGGGCGAACCCACAACGUUGUGAAAGGUCCUGAAGGAGCCGACUGGUUCACUGUGGUGGGCGCCCAGCCGCGAAACAGCACCUGUCUGUCCGGACUGAUCUAUGUCGAUGUCAGUGACAUUGAAAACCCAUUUUCUCCUGGAUGCGCCGGCCAAGACGGGUACGUGCAUGAUGCCGAAUGCGUCAUCUACCAUGGGCCCGAUACAAGGUACGAAGGCAAGGAGAUCUGCUACGGAUACAACGAGGACACCUUGACCAUCUAUGACGUGACGGAUAAAGUAGGCGUCAAUGCAAGCCGAGUCAUCUCCAAGACGUCGUAUGUCGGCGCACGGUACACUCACCAAGGGGCGGUUCUGGACCUGAACUGGCAGACCCACUUGGUGCUGGACGACGAGCUGGACGAGGAGUAUUUCACUGGCCCCGCAGCCGACCAGUUCCCCGUGACAUACAUCUUCGACAUCACAAACCUCGAGGCACCAGUGCAGACGGGCAUCUACAAGCACAAGUCCUUCUCUAUCGACCAUAACCAGUACAUCUUCGACGGCCUGGCGUACCAGAGCCACUAUGGUGCUGGCCUGCGUGUCCUCGACGUCAGCUCCAUCCCAUCAGACCCCACGGGUGACUCGGUCAAGGAGGUCGCUUAUUUCGAUAUCUACCCUGAGGAUGACGACCUGCCCAAUGGAGGUAUCAUUGACUUUGUCGGCACCUGGUCUCACUAUGCCGGCUUCCCCAGUGGAAACAUUCUUAUCAACACCAUCGAGCGAGGCGCUUUUAUUGUCAAGCUGAGCCAGUUUGAACGCCGCGGCCGAGGUGCCCAUUACAAGAAGCCUAGAAACGUCUAAACCUUGGAUCUCGAUAUGCAUGUCAUGUCGUGACAUGUAUCGAACAGUUGGGCAAUUUCAUGAACCAGCUCGCAUAUCACCGUGGUUCUUCAUCUACAUAUCUCUAGCAUACAGUUUACGGGGAAGAUGGGAGACAGACCUCAAAAUAG